AUGGCAGAACAAAUUGCAAAAGACGCCAACCAGGCCUUCGGCGUGUUGAAGACACUCAGCAAUGAUCAGAGAUCUGCAGCUUUGCACCUGAUCCACGACGCUUUGAAAGCCGCCAAGCUGGACAUCUUGAAGGCCAACGAGCAAGACAUGGCAGCGGCAGAAAAGAACAACUUGGCUGCUUCUUUGAUCAAGCGUUUGGAUUUGGCGAAAAACGACAAGUACGAAACCAUGUUGCAGGGCAUCGUAGACGUGGCUGCGUUGCCCGACCCCGUGGGUAAAGUCACCAUGGCUAAGAAGAUCGAUGAAGGUCUUGAGUUGCACAGAGUCACGGCUCCUCUUGGAGUUUUGCUCAUUAUUUUUGAAAGCAGACCCGAGGUUAUCGCCAACAUCUCGGCAUUGGCCAUCAAAUCGGGCAAUUGCGCUAUUUUGAAGGGCGGCAAGGAGUCCUACCAGACUUUCAAGGCCAUCAGUGAUGUGGUCAACAAGACCUUGGCUUCGACCCCUGUGCCUCCUCAUGCCAUCCAGUUGAUCCAGUCCAGAGAAGACGUGGCCGAUUUGUUGGCCCAGGACAAGUAUAUCGACUUGGUGAUUCCUAGAGGCUCCAACGCCUUGGUGAGAAAUAUCAAGGACAACACCAAGAUCCCUGUUUUGGGCCAUGCCGACGGUAUCUGUUCUGUUUUCGUCGACAAGGAGGCGGACUUGGCCAAGGCGGCUAAAAUCGUGGUGGAUUCCAAAACAAACUACCCAGCUGGCUGCAACGCUGUGGAGCAGUUGUUGGUGCACCAGGACAUUGCCUCCGACAAGAGCAAGUUGAACCAGGUUUUGAGUGCUCUUGCUGCUGCUGAGGUGACUCUUCACGUUGUGCCUGAGAUCAAGGCUCAAAUUGAGGGUAUCGACGAGAAACUCAUCAAGGACGCUGGCCCUGACUCGUUCGACAAUGAGUUCUUGUCCUUUGACAUUGCCGUUAAGCCAGUAGCUGACGUUGACGCCGCUAUUGCUCACAUCAACGAGCACUCUUCAAAACACACCGACUGUGUGGUUACGGAAAACAAGGAGGUCGCUGAGCGCUUCUUGAAGGGUAUCGACUCCGCCGGCGUUUACUGGAACUGUUCUACAAGAUUCGCUGACGGUUUCAGAUACGGUUUUGGCACAGAGGUCGGCAUCUCCACCAACAAGAUCCACGCCAGAGGCCCUGUUGGCUUGGAGGGUUUGAUGAGUUACCAGUACCAAUUGAGAGGCAAUGGUCAUGUUGCUUCUGAGUACGUUGGAGCUGGCGGCAGCAAGACUUUCGUGCACGAGGACCUCCCAUUUUAA